CUCACACCCAGAGGUCCCAGCUCACUGCCAGCAAUGGAGACAUCUACAGCCCUCCUCAUGUGCAUCUUGGUGACAUGUUCAGUCUGGACAGUCCACGGAAGAAGCGUACAGGUCAGGAUUGAUGACGAGGACCAGGUGGAAUCAUCCAUGGAUGUAGAAGGGAUUCCAGGAAAGUGCUGGGCGUGUAAGUGGGCUUUGAACAAAGUGAAAAAAGUGGUUGGGCCCAACGCCACUGCUGAGAGCCUGACGGCAAAGUUGAAUGCAGUCUGCAAUGAAAUAGGACUCCUUAAAGCUGUAUGUCGCAAACUUGUGAAGUCAUACCUCGGAACUCUGGUCGAGGAGCUCACGACCACGGAUGAUGUGAGGACCAUCUGUGUCAACAUCAAAGCGUGCAAGCCGAAAGAGGCACUGGACGUGUUCAUCUAUCAGGAGGACGACAAGUCUCGCCCUGAAAUCAAAGUGUUUUACUGACACCCUGUGCAUUGUCUUUGUAAUAAAAAUACAAAAAAAAAAAAAA